AGGUAGCGCUGAUCAAAAUGGCGGAAGGUGGCCAAAAAGAUGGGCAAAAUCCUUUUUCCUUCCAAAGUUUUGUCAAAAAGAAGACGAAUCCCAAUGACAAAGGAAAUCAGGAUGAUAGCUUUGAUGACAGUGAAGAUGAUAUACCAGAUGACAUUUUUGAAUCUCCCGAUAUUCCCAAAGCUAAGGCUGUCAAAAAUGUCAAAAACCAGCUGUUGAUUGCUGAUGAGGAAUUUGACCCUGAAGCACCCCAGAAGAAAAAGGAUUCCAAGAAACCUGUGAGGAAAGAAGAGAAUCCCUUCUCCUUCAAAAAAUUCCUGAAGAAAGAUCCUACUCCUCCGCCAGGACGCUCUAAUUACACAAAUGGCGGAGGAUCCUCGGGACCUGCCCCAGACUUUGCAAAUGAUUUACCAGACUUUGUCCAAGAUCAUUUUACUGGUAAUGAACCAAGGUCUCGCAGUUCAAGUAAUCGGAGCCGCCCGAGGACACAAUCUGAGGUGUCACUACCAGAUUUUGCAUUAGACAGCUCGCCGAAGGAUGGUUCGUUGUUUCCAAGUAUAAACGCAAUAGGAAAUUUAAUUCAUCAUCGUGAUGAUGCAGCAAGGUCAGGUUCGGCUUCUCGGAAUAUUGCCGCGACAAAUGGUGGUGUGGACAAUGAUACUGUGACUGUAUCGCCGAGGCAUGGUGGGCUUCCAGACUUUUUGUCCGAGAGUGUGGGCUACGGUGCUGAUGGGAAUAAUGGUGCUUCAAAUGUGAUAAGGAGAGAAGUGUCUCCACUUGUUGGAACUGAAGACUUAACUGUAGAAGUCAAAAAGUUACAAGAAGAAAACAGAACUUUAAGUCAGAAACUGCAUGAGUCGCGACAAGUUGCUGAGAGAGAAUCCAAUAGAGUUACAACUUUGCUAUCGGAAAUGCAGAUUCUGCAGAAACGAGAAAGUGAAGAAACUGCUGCCCUGGAAAACAUGGUUCAACAGGUGGAGGCAAACCUUCAGAUAACCACGAAAAGAGCUGUGAAAGCAGAGAAUACGAUCGUCAAACUAAGACAAGAAAUCAAAGGCCUGCAGAACCAAGUGGGGAGUUUAACGGCCGAGAAAAUUGCGUCGUGUUCGGGCGAUCCUUACCUUGAUGACAUGAGAGACAAAACUCAGUAUAUUGCAACACAACUGUCAAGUGCCGCUCAAAAUGCCGACCAAUCUUUACGGCAACUUCUUAGCGGUGUAACCAACUUACGUUUAAUGUCGGAUAUCUUACAAAACAUUGGGAAAUUAACGGUGCCAGACGAGCCAGCGUCUGCAGACACUCCUCCUGAGGCAUCGAAUACGCCCCCUUCCCAUCAUAAAACUCAGCCUACUACAGCCCAGCAAAAGGCUCAGACACCUCCUACUCAGAAAAACUCUUCCCCAACACCUCCAACACAACGGAAAGAUCCCACGUCGUCCCCCAGCAAGUCAAAACUAAGAAAAGCACAAGAUAAGAAAGACUGUUCUCCUUCCAAAACGUGAUUUGUGAUGUGAUGAAGAUUACAGUGUAUAACUUUUUAGAGCCCAGUCAGUCUCUAGGUUUUCAUGCUUGUGUAUUAUUUCCUUUGUCGAAGACGAAAGGGUCUGUAAUUUAUUGCCAGUAAUUGCUCGCAAAAUGUAUAUUUGUUAAUGUCAAUAGUAGAUAUUCUCAAUGAUA